ACAAAUCACAAUCGUCAGCAGCGUCAUCACCGCGCAGGAGUGAUUGAGUGAAAUUUUCCGACUUUUUCUUCGCCGUGAGCACAUCUCAGGGCUCGCUUGGCGCUGCUCAAUAUCCACAAAAUUGUGCUAAAUGAGUGUGAGAUUUUGAGAAAAUCCUGUUUUCGAGCGCAAGAAAUCGUUCGUUGUUCACCAAUAAUAUUUACCUAAACAGUUCGACAUUUUUUUGUGAGCGCGUUAGCUAAAAAUCACCAAACACGGAGUCUGGAAUCGUUCCCUGUUCCUCCGCCAUGGGGCCACUGGAUAAACCAAAAAGUGCGUCCAAUGAGCAAAAGGAGGAACUGGUUAAAAUAUUCGAAGAGUACAAUCAUCGGCCCAAGCAGGAAAGUGCUGAAACAGAUUACAAAGAGCGUCAGAGAUUUUGGAUAGAGGCCACCCAUCGGUUGAACCAAAUCCCUGGCGGAACAUUGAAAUCUACGGCUAAGUGGGUGAAAUAUUGGGCUGACGUGAUUAUCAAUCUGAAACGAAAGUGCCGGUUAGUAGCCGAGGGAAGAUCCAAAAAGAUUGGCCCCAACCCGCUGGAGAUUCGGAUACUUACGGCAUCAAAUUGUUUUGAUGUGCUGGACCAGUGGACUAAAGCACUAUCGUCGGAUACCAUCGUGACUUUGGAUGCAGCCAUGGUUAACGACCACGAAGAAUAUUUUCCGGACGAUACCGGUGUCCAGAAGGAGGAGAUUGUCAUCGAGCAUUAUGCCGACGACCAGUUAGAUGAGGAAUUUGUCACCACCUUUUCUAAGCCCAUGGUGACCGUACACGACCAAGAAACAGUUACUACCGAGUUGGAAAUCCGGAAACCCACCGCAGAAGAAAUAAAGAACAUGGCCGUGAACGCCACUAUGACCACGACGGAGUACGUGGAAUUGACCGCGUCCGCCCUUGAAGGGACCAGCGAGUUCCUGAAGCCAAAACCAACUCGACCUGCCGAGCAUGAGAGGCUGCGGGAAGAUCUGAAACGAACAUCGGAGAAGCUGGAAUCAGUGAUGAAGAAGCGACGAUUGGAUGAUUCCAAAAUAGCCAUCGCACAAGCGCUGACCAACAUGUCGGCCGCGAUGCUGCAGCUAUCGAAUGGUCUCAACGAUUUGGCCAACGCGCUCACAAACGAUGCAAUCUAACGGUACCAUCCGACUGUCGAUUGUCCGAGAUCGUACCCAACGCACUGGGUAUGAUUAGGUCUUUACUUUUAAGGAAUUAAUAAUAUUGUGUGGAUAAGUUGUGCAAACAAAAAUAAAAUUUUAUUGUAAGUACGA